AUGGCUUCAAACUUGUUUCAAUAGAAUGAUAUUAACUUCAAUAAAAAAGUGGAUGAAUUUAACAACCUCUAUAAACAAUACUCGAUGACUCAGAGUAAACAACUCACUUUAGAGAAGAUGAAACUUAUUCAUGUUUAGGCCGAAUAACAAGUAAUCGAUAUAAUCAUUGUCUUAAAUAGUUCAAAUUCAUGGAAAUUGAAUACAGUUCCUUUAACGAGUAGAAUAAACAGGAAUUUGCAUAAAAGUUUAAAUAAGAUAAGAUGCUUUACACAGAAUGCCAAAAGAAGUUGAGAGAUUUACAAUUAGAUAUCGAUAAACAACCUCAAUCCCACUUUAGCAAAGUUGUUACGAAAACACAACCCUCUUAGAUCAGUGGCUUGAAUUCCGAUUUGCACACAUAAGUUAAGCAAUUGAAUCAUCUGGACUCAAGAUUACUUGAAGCUGAAGACACUUAAAUAAGCAUUCUUGAUAAUCUUCGUAGUUAGAAGGAGAAACUACUAAGAGCCAUUGAAGAUGUAAUAAUAUCGUUACUAAUUUAGACCAAAGAGAUCUAGAGUGGAGUGAAAAUGACUUAGAGACAUGCGACUAUGAUUAAGAAUAGGGAAUCAUACAACAAAGGGAUAUUGAUGACUUUGGUUUGCAUAUUAACAAUUGGAAAUAUUCUUAUUAUAUACUAUAAAUUUGUCAAUUGAAACACAC